AUGGUGACAGUGGUCAACUCGACGAUGGGCAGCGCCCUACCGAGCAACGCCAUUCCAUAUUUCACGAGGGAGUGGGGGGUCACCUCACAAAUGCAAAGCACAUUACCUAUUGCCAUCUUCCUUGUCGGCCCAAUAGUGUGGGCACCAUUGUCCGAGCAGUUCGGUCGGCGGUACCUUAUCGUCGGGACCUUUGUCAUGUUCUGCCUGUGGACACUGGCUUGCGCACUUGCGCCAAACUGGCCAGCCUUCCUCGUCUUCAGGCUGCUGGUCGGCAUCUUCGCCAGUGCCCCUAUUGCGCUCGUAGCAGGCAUCAUGGCAGACGUCUACGGCGACUAUCGCACGCGGGGACGAGCAAUGUCGUCCUUCUUUGCAGCCACCGUCUUCGGCCCGCUCUUCGCACCAAUCAUAUCCGGCUUCUGCUCUCCCAGAAUCGGUUGGCGAUGGACCUUUUGGAUCGGCCUCAUCUACGCAGGGCUGUCCCUGAUCCCGCUGAUACUAUUCCCAGAGACGUACGGGCCCAUCCUCCUGGUCCGGCGGGCCCGCAAGAUCCGCAAGCAGGACCCAAAGGCCAACGUCGUCGCGCCGCACGAGCUCGAGGCCGCGGACCUGCGCCAGCUCGCCGUGCGCGUCCUCACCCGCCCCGUACGAAUGCUAUUCUUCGAGCUGAUAGUCUCGGCGACGUGCUUCUACCUCGCGCUGUGCUACGGCAUCUUCUACAUGACCUUCCAGGCGUACCCGAUCAUCUUCCAGGGCGUCUACGGGCUGAGCCCCGGCGCCGAGGGGCUCUGCUUCCUCCCCAUCGGGGCCGGCGCCAUCUGCGCGCUGCCCGUGUUCUUCGGGUGGGACGCGUUUCUCGAGAAGGCGCAGCGCGAGGGGAGGCCGUGGACCAGGAAGGAGGAGUACCGCCGGGUCCCGCUCGCCUGUAUCGGCGGGCCGCUGUUUGUCAUCAGCCUGUUCUGGCUUGGGUGGGCGAGCAGGCAGGACGUCCCGUUCUGGGUGCCCAUGUUGGCUGGUAUACCGUUCGGCAUGGGUUUCCAGCUGAUAUUCAUGGCAUUGCUCAACUACAUCACCGACGCCUACGAGAUCUUCGCCGCGUCCGCCAACGCGGCAGCCUCGUGCACCCGAUCCGUCCUCGGCACCGUCCUCCCGUUCGCCUGCACGCCCAUGUUCCGGCGCCUCGGCAUCUCGGGGGCGUGCUCCCUGCUCGGCGGGCUCAGCUGUCUGGUGUGCAUCAUCCCCUUCAUCUUCAUAUGGAAGGGCGAGAGGAUCCGUGCCGGGUCGAGGUUCUGCAUCGCGCUGCGGGAUAGGAAGCUGGAGAUGGAGCGACGGGUUGAGGAGCAGAGGGACAUGGGGGAGAGGGCUUGUGAUGGUGGAGGCGGCGUCGUUGGACAGCGGAGCAAGGAGGAAGUAUGA